AUGAGGAAGACUUCAUAUGUUGUCGCUUUCUUUGCGGUCGUCACGACCCUUGCUUUGAACAUUCUGUCUGCUCGCCGCCCAGAUUGGCUCAUCGUCAAUAACCCUGAGGUGUUGCACUCCAGGGUUACCGUACAGUAUGGUCUUACCCAGCGGUGCGAUCGGCAAGUAAUUGUCAUCCCCGGCCUCCCGGAGGGCAGCCGCCUGGCGUACACCGACUACAAAUGCCGCCCGUUCCCCAACCGCGCCACCGAUAGCUGCGAGAAGACGAACAAGACGUUCUGCAUGGUCUGGAGCACCGCCGGCUACUUCACUGAGCUGGGCGUCGGCUUCGGCGUAGUAGCGUGCUUGGCGCUCCUGUUUGGCGUCAGUACGCACUCCCGCCGCAGGAGGAUCUGGAGGGCAGUGGCAGGAUUGACCGCUUUGCAUGUGCUGUUCCAGCUCCUAGCAUUUGCGGUCGUCACCCAUCUCUAUCGAUUGUCUAUGUUCCCGUCGUUCGACCGUGCUCGUCCUGGAACCGCAUACGUUCUUAACACCCUCUCAUGGUUGUUGGGCGUUCUGGUCACGGCUGGUAUUGUUACCACUGGUAUCUCCGCCAAUAAGGGCCAUCGGUGGGCAGCUGGUAACAGGGCGUACCGUCCCAUCGAAGGAUAA